AUGAGCCAUAAUUUAAAAUCAAAUACUGUUUGGCACCCAUUAUUUUCAAAUCUCUGGUGUAUACAAGUGCUACUGACUGAAACGCCUUCAGUACUGGACUUAUAUACAUUUGACAUAAUAUCGCCUAGAGGUGGUAGGAUUAGUAAAGAUUAUAAGAUUUUACCUGAAGACUGCAUAAAUAGAAGUCAGUUGCGUGAAGGGGAUGUGAAAACAAUUACGCUUAUAGAUGAACAUGCAAAUCAAUUAUCUCAUUCAAUAUUUGCGUAUGUAGAAUAUCUGGGGUGUUCUGCUAGAAAUGGUUGGAAAGGUCGUAUUUCGGUUCCGAAAGACAAGCCACUUAAUCUGUGUAAUAUUGAGUGUUAUGGUAAUCAUAACUCUAAACACGUUCAAAAAAAAACACUCCGAAUGUCAAAUUCAGUAAGAAAAACUAUCGCAAACAGAGUUGCGAAUGUAACACCUUCAAUGUUAGCGACAGCAUGA